AUGGAAUCAAGUACCCCGAGCGAAGGGCGUAGCUCGGGAAAACACGAAUUCCUUGUUGGCGAACAAGGGAAAGCGCAAUAUAAAUUAGUCAGGAAAAUAGGAAGUGGUUCGUUUGGUGAUAUAUAUUUAGGAAUUAAUAUUGGUAAUGGAGAAGAAGUAGCGGUUAAGUUGGAAGCGACAAAAGCUCGUCACCCACAAUUGUUGUACGAAAGUAAAUUAUACCGAAUAUUACAGGGCGGCCCAGGCAUUCCUCAUGUCCGUUGGUAUGGGCAAGUCAGAGAUUUCAAUGCGAUGGUUAUGGAUUUAUUGGGACCAAGUUUGGAAGACCUUUUUAAUUUUUGUACACGUCGACUGACAAUGAAAACUGUUUUAAUGUUGGCUGAUCAAAUGAUUGGCAACAUUGAAUAUGUGCAUAAUAAAAAUUUUAUACAUAGAGAUAUUAAACCUGAUAAUUUUGUAAUGGGUAUUGGUAGAAAUUGUAACAAAGUAUACCUCAUUGAUUUUGGUUUGGCUAAAAAAUACAGAGACAGUCGUACAAGGGCCCACAUACCAUACAGAGAAGAUAAAAAUUUAACUGGAACAGCAAGGUACGCCAGUAUAAAUGCUCAUUUAGGCAUUGAACAAAGUCGUAGAGAUGAUUUAGAGUCAUUGGGCCAUGUUUUGAUGUACUUCAACAGGGGAUCAUUGCCAUGGCAAGGAAUGAAGGCUGUCAACAAAAAACAAAAAUAUGACAAAAUUAGUGAAAAAAAAAUGUCAACACCAGUUGAAGUGUUGUGUAAAAGUUUUCCAACAGAAUUCAUGAUGUAUUUAAAUUACUGUCGAAACCUUCGUUUUGAUGAAGCACCAGAUUACAUGUACUUGAGACAGUUGUUUAGAAUUUUGUUCCGCACUCUCAACUACACUUAUGAUUAUAUUUUUGACUGGACGAUGUUGAAGCAAAAAUCUGCUGGUCCAACUACUGCUGGCAGAUGA